GCUCAAAGAAAGCAAACCAGCAGAAGAAUAUUCAAAAUUGUGAUACCAGUUGUACUCACUGCAGAUAUUUGCCGAUCCCUACCACAGAAAACCUCAUUACAAAUUAGCCUCUACUUGUGGUUACCGCUCAGAUGCCUCGUCUCUGAUUGCCUUUCAUCAUCUCUAAAAGAUUGGAGUUUCUAAUUUUUCAGGAUGAUGCUCCCUGCCAGCAACGGCGGUCCUUGGGCCGCACGCACAGGAACACCAGUGUCUGCCAUGAAUCAAUUUUCGAUCCUUCCUGCCCAGUCAAGUCAACCGGUAAGCGUUAUCGCAAUUGCCCUACCUGCAGAAGCAAAAAAGUGAACUAUUGUACAUCAAAGACGCUACCAGUACUACUACUAGCAGUUGUACCACCUCCUAUCCUUAUAUUAGUAUUUAUAGGGUAAACAACUUUUCUCAAAUCCUUAAGGGUCUUUCUUAAGUGCCUUCCUUAAGGAAGUUGAUUUGCUUAAAGGAUUUCUAUUACAAAAAGUUAUUAGGAAUUUCCUGAAGGCCAAAAAUUCUCCUUAAGGAGGCCCCUUAAGGAAGAGCCGUUAUAAACUUAGGCUAAUAAUAGGCGCUCCCUUAAGGGCCGCUGCCACCUCGCAAGGGCCUUAGCUUGCUAGCUUUACUUAGCCAUGGCCAGCUUGCUAGCUGCUUAGCCGUAGCUAGCUUGCUUGCUUACCCCUUACCCGCGCUACGCUACCUGGCUAGGCUAGCCGUAGCUAGCCUGCUAGCUGCUCAGCCAUAGCUAGCCUGCUAGCUGCUUAGCCAUAGCUAGCCUGCUAGCUGCUUAGCCAUAGCUAGCCUGCUAGCUGCUUAGCCAUAGCGAGCCUCCUAGCUACUUAGCCAUAGCUAGCCUGCUAGCUGCUUAGCCAUAGCUAGCUAGCAGGGUAGCUACUUGGCCAUAGCUAUCUAGCUAGCUGCUUGGCCAUAGCUAUCUAGCUAGCUGCUUAGCCAUAGCUAGCCUGCUGGCUGCUUAGGCAUAGCCAGCUUGCUACCUUAGCCACAAGACAGCGACAGCAAGCCCCGCUUGUUUAGCCAUGAGGGGCGUCCAGGUUAGUCCAUUCUGAACCAGCUACGCGUCGUUAGCUUGGUGAAGACUUAGGGGCUUGCGUCGUAGUCUUAUCUAUCUAGUUGCUAACCUAUGCCCAGCGCAGCGGGCCCUUGGUGGGCCCGCUUUCUGGGCGUGUAUUUAUAUCACGGACACUCAAGUUGAACCGCAAGAUCCUGAGGUACGAACUCGACGACGACAAUCAUGACCACAAUCUGCAAACUCACAGGUUGUGGCCCAGACACCGCGUAAAACGCUCCGAAAUUUAGCAUAUCACCUCAGAGAUCAAGCGAGGAUUAUCCAACUGAACCAGCCGGAAAGCCUAGAUCAGUACAGGAGUCUGGGUAUCCUCUUCGAUCUCGUCGACUUGUGCGAAGAGGCGUCGGCGAUAGAUGGAAAGCGUGGAGAAGACCCGAAGAAUGAACUUCAGAGACUCUUCUGGAGGGCUGUCGAAAUCCUCAAAGCAUGUCCGGUAUACUGUCUCUUAUUGUAGACUUGUUAGUGUUAGUACUAGUAUCAGGUUGUACUACUAGCUCUACAUUUCGGAUGAUGUUUCUUUCGGAUGAUGUUUCAACUCAUUCCUGAACGUCGUCCCGUACUUUGGGUUAUUCUUGUUGGAUGAUGCUGGUGAAUUGUACGUGGUGCUCAGAUGUAGUACUUAUAGAUACAUAGAUACAUUUACAUAGUUUGAUGUAGUAUUUGCAAGUGCAACUGCAAGAGUUGAGAGGUUACAUAUAUGUUCCAGGGCGCGGGGCGACGUCCCCCCCCCCGGGGGGGGGCGGGCGCCCUGGCCCCUUUUUGAGGCGUCUGCCGGGAAGGGGAGGCCUCGAAAGGGGGCCCAGUGACCUCCCCCCUCCGCUCCCUUCCAGCUGCCUGGCUGCUCCCUCGGGUCCUCUGAUGGUGGUGGGGAGGCUUCAAAAGGGGCCCAAGGGACCGCCUGCGCCCCCGUCCAGGUGCAUGCCUGUGCCCUCAGUGCCUCCCUUAGGCUUCGCCGCCGCAGCAGUGCACCGGCAACGGAAGGCCUCGGAAGACGGCAAAAGGCGAGGGGCUGGACCCCCUGAGCCGUGCCGCCUGUACCCUCCGGGCCCUUGGUCAUCGGCUUGCUUGCGACCGUGGCCGUGGCCGCCUCCGGCGGCCUUUUACCCCGCAGGCCUCCCGCCUGCGAGGGUCAGCAGAGGCCAGGGGGCCCCUUAGGAACACGCUGAGAGGCCCAAGGGGAGGCCUGCGCCAAGGUUUGACGCCUUCCACCACUAGAAUCCGCGAAAAAUCCGCGCGGAAAAGCGCGCGCCACCACCGACCAGACCACAGGGGGGGAGGGGGGGGGCGUCCGGCCCUGGGUCGUAUUUAUAUUAUAACUCCAUCCUGUGUUCUUGUUGUAGUUGUUUCCUUCAUCUCUCACACCAGGUCGACGGGCUCUCUCCCUUCCGAUCGUACGGACUGCGUUUAGAGCACACAAUCCAAAGUAUGUGGGCAGCCUACGCGCAGCGACCCUCUGUGAAGGAGCUUCCUGCUGCGUACUUUUCUUCGUUUAGAUGACAUUCGUAUGAAAAUGAACGUGAAUAGAGUCUGCCUAUGCAAUUGUUCCAAUACAAGUGAAGCAAUUAUUACAGGUGAAAUCAAUUAUCUUUAUUACACAAUUGUCCGUCGUAGGAAAUGUUUCGUCUUGACGAUGAUUUUACACAAUCAUUUGAGACGCACUGACGAUGAUGCAAAAACUGUUGAUGCAAUAGAAAGAUUUUUGUUUCAUCAACUACACUAAGCAGUCUGACUGUUGUCACAAAUUAUGACACAUUUGCCUAUCGGUACUGUCACUCUUUCUCUUGACUACAGUGCGUAAUAGAAAACCCAUAUCUUUGAUUCUGUGAAAAUCCAGAUAUGCAGUACCUGAGAUUCGGCUUCUCCCAGUCGGAAGUCAAGUAGAGUACUAUAGCAAUACAUACCGCCGAUGGAUGGAGGCCACAGUGUUGGGUCAUUUACCAGACGGCGACUAUCAAUUGGACAUCCAAGGUCAUGCGAAAAAGGACAAUGUCAGGGUAUAAGAAGGCUUUUCUAUACAGGAACUGUAUUUGCAUUUGGUUCAUAAGAAGAUCUGAUUAGCAUAACACAUAAUAAAUACUCUUUUUCGUCCACCGACCUCUACGCUUUUGAUCUCCAGGCGCUACUCCCAAAACGCGUGGCACCAGUAGCCAUUGGCGAUAGACCUGAGACCAAGUUGCAACUAGAACCGGGCUCGGCAGCAACGACACCAGGCUACUCUGAGCAGUCUUCUGCACCCGGAGCCACGCCAGGCGCAGCGUCAUCGGUCUUUCUUAUGUUGCGUCGACGAUAUAAUUGAUGUAAAAACAAGGCCACGUAAGUAUAGAGGCAGCUGAUGUUGUGAAUUCAAGAACAGAAGGAGCCCUCAACUCUAAGGGUAAAGACCAUGUCGAUCUGAUUGGUGGAGGUGUCCGAGAGACAUCGCCCUAUGCACCGGGAACAAUAGUGGAAUAUUGGAGUACUUCUAUGAGUCAAUGGAUUCUAGCAGAGGUAAUCAAGUGGAACCCAAAAGACAGAAGCUACCACUUGGAUUGCAAGAACAACGCGCCACGAGACAGAAUCCGACGUAAUCAAAUACACACACUCAUACAUCUCUUUUGGUUGUAGCUGUGCUGUGACUUAGUACUUAACCAUGAUUAACGUUGUUUGAUGUAGUACCUGCGCCGUGUAAUAAUUAUUUCACCCCGGGGCCAUGAGCUCGACAUUAGUAGUAGAGGACUUUUCCUUUUUCAGAAGCCACUACUCAUCCCCAACAAUAUCUUUCAGCACACAAUCCGGAUCGCGUGCGUGGUCCUCUGGGAGAGCACACAAGACCACUUUUGCAGAAAUUUGAGGGAGGCGAGCUAGAAGAAGCUCCAGCAUCAGCAACAAAGGAAAAGCGGGAUCAAGACGAGGCUGGUUUCACUUCUUCAAUAUAUUGUUGUACUUGUACGUAGGUGUCGUUCUGUUGUAUGGUCGUACGGUAGUUAAUAAUUUUUCAACUUCUCUGAUUAUCCACGGUCACCCGCAAUUACAUCCAUCUCCAAGUGAAGUAUGAAAUAUCUUCUUUUCGUCAAUGUCGUGCCGCCUUCACGAUUUAGAAAUGUCCUCUGCUCCCCUCUAUUUCCUCAGAUGACCCGUCCAAAAAAGUGGUAGUAAAAACCCAUCACGACAUGCAAACCGGAAGAAUCGUAAGGACACAGAUCGGUCCUGAAGGCGAUGCUACAAAGUUUAUCUACGACACUCAAGAUGGAGAUUUUCAAGUCCUCGAGCCCGCUAUGAGAAGGAGCGCUGUCAUUCGCGAGCAAACUGCCGACUUCAUACGUACUGAAGAUUGGAGUAAAUCAAUGUAAUUGUAGUUCAACAAGUACUUCCAGUUUGAAGAUGUUCUUGAACCCCGAUAUUAGACCAUAAGACUUCGACUUGCCAUUCACAUUCAGCACUUCACCGAAUAUGUUCUUUUCUCGUGUAGCAACCGGGUGUCAAAACUGCAUUGACGUUGUGCAGGUAACAGCGGUGCCACGCGAAUGCCACCACAGAUGAAUGUGACGAUAAUGACGCAGGACAAGCCACCGGGAGGAGCAGACGCUGAUGGAGACGCGCGAUAUAUUGAUCGAGUAAACAGAAUACGGCAUGACGCGGAGCAUAAGCGGAAAUUUACCGAACACAAAGUGGAACAGCUAGCAAUGAAGGCACAGCAAUUGGUCGAACGGUUGGCCAAAGACGAAGAGAAAAUGGAUGUAAAAACGUAUGCUAUCCCCAAACUGAGUGCUGUAACGCCGUACAUGCCAGGGGACAUGGGUUGGGGUCAGUCAAGGUCAUCCACAGCCGCCGCGCGAGCUACAAACCCUUACUUAUGGACAGAAAGCAUUGGUGGAUUCUGCACGCACCAACAUGACUUGAAGGCGAAGAGGGCGAGGGACUUGAGAAUAUCAUAGAUACAGGAUUAACUUGCAGCAGUGUGCAAAGAAGUUUCAUUCUGUUCUCUUCCUUUUACAGCUUCUGCGUUCGUUGUCGUUCCAUGGUGCAGUUGUUCUCCCAUCAAUUGACUUAGGAACAUUCUCAGUCAUCUUAAGCCCAAUACGAAUUUCUUUAUUUUUAUAAAUAUAUAGGUUUGUUUUCCUGUUUUUUCAUACCCAAUGCGAGAGUAUUACGACGGCCAGGCGGACGAGAUAGCUGAUCGCAGUACGAUAAUGAUGUCGACAAAUAUGGAGGGAACUACAGAUGGUGCAUUUGAUAACCGCGCGAGCGGACGGGUCUCGCACAACGCGCCGAAACCAUCUACUCGAGCAACAUCGUCCACCAGCGGCGGGGCGAGUAAAUCGAGAGCGCAAGAGAAGACUGCUAAGGGGCGUCUAGACUUAUCGUCCGAUGACUCCGAUGAUCGCUCUACUGCCUUAGGACGCCGAAAACCCGCGUGGAGACGGAAAUACUCUGACUCGGAAGACAGUGGACCAAAAUUAAAAGGAGCUGCAGGUAAGGGAUGUGGUGUGGGAGCAGCAGCCAAAAAACGCGAAGCUAAUUCAAGCGAUGACGAUCGCACCACACUAGGUCCCAAUCGCAACAAUAGCAGGUUGCCAGCGUGGAAGGUCCGAGCUUCCCCUUUCAUCGACACCAGCCACAAGCCAGGCUCGGAUGAGGGUACUAAUUAUAUGUCGUUCAGAAUUUGAAUUAGAUAUUGGAUGUUGAUUUUCAGAUUCAGCACUCCUAUGACCUAGCUCUAGAAAAUGGAGUGGGCCUCAUUCUACCACAGAUUUUUCCCAAACAAACUAAUCGUGACUAUUGCAGGACAAGCACGAGUGUACGUCGAGCUAGACCUGCUGUCAUCCAACUAUUGCUUCAUCUGCAAGUGCAAAUAACAUGAAAGGUAGCGAAAUUGCGCAAGUCCGUAGUCGCAUUCUUGGGAAUAAGAACGCUGAACCGGAUUCCGACAGUGAACCAAGAAGACCAGCUGCCAAGAAAAAAGUUUUCGGGAAGAAGCAACGGUACAUCAGGAUCUAGCUUGAAUUUGGAUGCUAUUAUUGUCGAAUUAUUUGCACGUCCUCAGACCUGUCUUGCAUGUUUCUUUGAUUGCAUGCAGUACUAACGAACUUCAGUGCACCGUCAUCCGAUUCCGAAGAAAAGUCCGAUUCUGGUGAGUUUUAUUCCGAUGCGGACACGAGCUUAACACAAGGCACCCGUGGGCAGUCAGCUUGGGAUUUUGUUCCAACAAAAAAAACGUCGAUCGGUUCCAGUUCGUCGGGGCCGCAGACCAAACCAGCGAACCCGGUGAAAAAAGGCGUGGAUGCAUCCCGGGCUAGCAAUGACGAUAGUCCUCCCGCAACGCGGACUGGCGGAUUCGGCCUGAGAGCUCCCAAGCAAAGAGCAAGGCCGCUGGGAACGCGUCCCGGCGCAUCUCCGGGCAUCCUGCGUGCCACAAGUCGCUGUGAUAGCGACGAUUCUCCAACCCGACGAACCUCUAUAGCCUCGUCAAAGAGGAAAGCGUAAAUAAACACUUUCAGUUUCAACAUUGACCUUGUUUAGAAGAUAGAUAGUGAUCCGUCCUCGAUUUCGAUACAUGUCAAGAACGAAGCGGAUUAAUUUCAUGCUGGAAGACGCACUCAAUGUCAAUAGGGAUCUUCUAGGAAUGGAUGGCACGUGGAAGCUCAUCAUCAUAGUGGGAAACUAAGAUAAACACAAGCACAGGUCGUACCCGAUGAAGAAGAACUCCUACCGGCAACCGCCUUCGUCGCACGGAGAGUCACCCACUAAGGGAGAUCGGGAGAAUUCGGAGCUAAGCGACACCGCUACACCGAAGUGGACGCCUUGGGGCGGUCAUUUUGGACUGGGGCGAUUUGGAAAAAUCGAUUCUGAAUAGGCGGCGAUCAGCUUGGUAGCGUCCAAGUCGAGGAGCAGAGUUAAUACAGAAUGCUGGAAGACGAGGGAGCAUGACGUGGGUAAAAGACAGAGCUUCGAGGGCAAGGUAGAGCUUCAAGGAGCUGUAAAAGAACUUCAUCCGCAAGUCUUUUUGAAAUGUGCUAGAAGUUGUAGUGGAGCCGAAGUAGUUCGCCCAAGCAUGAUUACAAGAAGAAGAACCUACCAGCAAGAAAUUUUCGAUCAAAUACGACUACAAGCAAGCUGUAUAAUAGAGUAGUUUAUAGACGCUGGGCUACGCUGGGUGGCUGGGCGGCCUCGCUGGGCGGCAACGCGGGGCACGCUGGGCGACAACGCUGGGCGGGCGCUUGGAUGGCGCUUAGCGGACUUAAGGGCCACACAUUGGGUGUGCCGAGCCUGCGCGGCCGAUGGAUUUACUUGCGCCGCGGGGACGCGGUGCAGCGCGUCCUCCCCGUGAGGACAAACAAAGGCGGCGCGCCGCCCUCAAGGUUCAGGGCAGCGCUUGCGCAGUGCUGCGCUAGUUUGCGCAGCAGCGGGCUGCGCGGCGCCUGCUCUGUUCAGGCUUGCACUGCGUCGCGCUGCACUGCGCUGCUCGAUGCGUGCAAUGCUGCGCCGCUCUUGUGCACAACGGUAAACUCGCCGCCGUCGUUGGCCUUGCCCUACGCGAGACUAGCGCCGCCGGUGGGCUUCUCAAGCGGGCGCCCGAAGGGCGCCCCGCAAUUGGAGACGCCCAGCGUCACGCUGGGCGCAGAAUUCGGCAGAUCUGGCAGAUGUGGGUCGCCCAGCGACCCAGUGUGCCCAGCGUGCCCAGCUCAGCCAUGUUGGGAACCCUUAUAAACUGUUCUAAUAGAGUAGUUUAUAGCCGCUGGGCACGCUGUUCUAUAUCAUGAUAGUCAAGAAUUCAUUUCAUGAGUAUCAUGAGAAACCGACGCAUUACCCUCCACUGGACGACAGCCUGCGCCGGGAAAACCACCACUCCGAACCACACCUGGUCGACGCAAGCCUUUACCUUGCCAACUUCUUUUUAAAAUCCGACAAUACCAAACACGAAUACAAUGAUUACGCUCGUCAAUUAUACCCGUAAGUUUGUCAAUAAAUAAGAUAGAGGGGCUGCGUAUAUUUUACGAUUUUCGUAGACAGUAUAACUAUAAAUUGAUUUGAUGUUGCUUGUGAAUUUGUUCCUACAGGAAAAAAGCAUAUCCCAGACGCGUAAAAAUAUAAAUCUAUCGCAAUUUAUCAUGGGUACUCACAUUUUUGUUCUGCUUCAUCUAUCUGAGAGAAUUCGGCCAAAGGUAGCCUGGCAGACGGAAAUAAAGUCAUACGAUGUUGGAGGUAGUUGUGAGUUUUACUGAAGUCAAGAAUUGUUACGCUAGAAAAUGUAGUCGUAGUGUGAGUCUCAGCGUCACUUAAAAGAACCAAAGAAUAUUCACGCUCACUCGCAUAAUUCAAUGUUUAUGUAUAAGAAGCAAUGUGUUAUCAAUGUAACUCAAAAGAGAGUCAGGGAAGUCGUAGGUCCAAUCCGAACCGACUAACGUCAUCACUAUCAGCUUCCAGACAAGUUAUGGAUAGUCUGCGAGUAUUGGCACUCUCCUGAGUCAUUACCAUGCUUUUUGGUAGGCAAAGGCACAUCAGUCGUUCUUGUUCAUCUUCUAGACGACCGAUGUAUAAAAGUGUGAACUUCAUUUUUCUCCAGUAAGUCAUAAUCUAGCUUUCAAGCAAGGUCAUGAUACUGUAUCACGUACAACAAGACCAAGAGAUGAUUAGGUAGGCAUCCGAAAUUUGAUUGAAGCAGCGCGCAUUCAUCUUUUUUGGCAUGCAAAAGCACCUUGUUUCGGAGACACGCGAGAUGAAUCCUGCUUCAACCUCUCAGUCGUUCUUUCGCGAACGACCCGAGCCGCUGAUCAUUGAUCAUUUUCCGUCACGGAUAUUGAUACAAACCGAAUCACUCGAGUAGGAGGACGUUGCUGGAGCCAUCUUCUGGAGUCAUGGCCGCUGCAAAAAAUCGCAUGCCAGAUAACUCUUAAUCUUAAUCUUAUCGGUGAGCUGUACGUAGAAUCGCGGAUGAUGAUCCAUAUCAACACGA